AUGGAGUCUCUUCUUGCCUGUCUUCAGGGAACUUCCCUUCCUACAGAUGCCCCAAAAUUCUCCUACAGCAUGGAUAAUACAGGCUACACUGACCUGCCCCCACCAAAUCCAGCAAAGACACCUUUCUACUAUCAUAUCAGCUUUAAAGUCAAUAAUAUUGACUAUGACAGCAAGUUUGAAAAACCAUAUUCACAAGAAUAUAUGGACCUAAAUAAAAAGAUAGUAUCUUUGGGGAAGAAUUUGUCCAUUGACACCCAUCUUGCACCAGCUCCUACAGAGUUAACUCCUACAUUUCCUAUUGUCCAUCUGGGAAUGUCCAGCAGGCCCCUUCUGGCAGAAAACAUUGAAAUGCCAGCAGCAGAAAAUCUUCUCAAUACCUGUUGUGGACAACGAACAAUAACUCCUUCUGGCAACAAGAUAGCAGGGGGCAAGGAUGCCCAAGAAGGGGAAUGGCCUUGGCAAGCUAGCCUUCAACAGAACAGUAUCCACCGGUGUGGAGCCACUCUGAUUAGUAACAGCUGGCUUGUCACUGCUGCUCACUGUUUCAUAAAGGCCAGGGAUCCCAAAGAAUGGAAUGUUAGUUUUGGUCUUCUUUUAAGUGAUCCACAAACAAAACGAAGUAUCAAGGAUAUUAUAAUUCAUGAAAACUAUCAUUACCCUGCACACGAUAAUGACAUAGCUGUUGUGCAUCUGUCCUCGCCAGUAUUAUACACAAGCAACAUCCGAAGAGCAUGUCUUCCUGAAGCUACUUACACAUUCCCACCCAAUUCAAAUGUGGUGGUCACUGGAUGGGGAACAUUAAAGUCUGAUGGAACAAGUCCUAAUAUACUCCAAAAAGGAUUAGUGAAGAUUAUAGAUAAUAAAACCUGCAACAGUGAAGAGGUAUAUGGUGGUGUGAUCACACCUGGAAUGUUGUGUGCUGGGUUCCUGGAAGGAAGUGUGGAUGCCUGCCAGGGUGACUCUGGUGGACCUCUGGUUGGUGCAGAUUAUAAAGGCACUUGGUUCCUUGCUGGUAUUGUAAGCUGGGGAGAUGAAUGUGCUCUUCCAAACAAGCCUGGUGUCUACACUCGAGUAACAUACUACCGAGACUGGAUCUUGUCCAAAACUGGUCUCUAG